CGUUCCUCCGCUCUUUCAGGCUGCGACCCCCUUUUUCAUUAUUCCAUUUUUUUCUUUGUUGUCUUUCUUCUUUUUCUUUUAUUAUUCCCCCUUUCAUUUUCUUUGCUUAGUUCCUCAAAAGUUACUCUUUUUUUUUUUUUAAGAAUUUCCCCUUAAGCUGAACUGGUUACUUAGUACUUCUAUUUGCAUGUAAUCCUUGGUGCUUUGAAUUCCAGCUUAGAGCCAAGGCAAGGUGGGAAUUUGUUUGUAAAGGGAAUAAAAAAGCGGUCUUGGAUGAUGAUUAAUGGUUCGUGAUUAUUGAUGGCAGUAGAACGGUGAAUUUUGGUGUGCAAAAAUGAGAAGAAUUUUGUAGCAGCUUUGCUCGAGCUACGUUCCUUUUGUAUCCUUUUCCAAUCCCAGAUAAUCUAUCUAAUCACAUAAAGUCAAGUUCCCAAGCAAUAGCUGAUGCCCAGUUUGGCGCUUUAAGCAAGGGUCACAGGCUAAACACUACAAAGAGAUCCUGCCAAAUCUUGUAUCUAAUCAGCUGGUCGGGAGAAUUGGGAGGUUCCAGUAUGGCAGAUGCCAGCCCCAGGACUGAUACUUCAACAGAUGACACUGAUGAGAAAAAUCAAAGGUUUGGAAGAGGUCAAAUGAAUGCUAUUGUGGCUUCUGAUUCUAGCGAUAGAUCAAAAGAUAAAACAGAUCAGAAGACAUUGCGUAGGCUUGCUCAAAAUCGUGAGGCUGCAAGAAAAAGCCGGUUAAGGAAAAAGGCAUAUGUGCAGCAAUUGGAGAGUAGCCGACUGAAAUUGACUCAACUUGAGCAAGAGCUACAGCGAGCUCGUCAGCAGGGCAUAUUCAUUUCAAGCUCAGGAGAUCAAUCUCAUUCAAUGAGUGGAAAUGGUGCACUGGCAUUUGAUGUUGAAUAUGCACGGUGGCUAGAAGAGCACAAUCGGAAGAUAAAUGAGUUGAGGACUGCAGUCAAUUCACAUGCUGGUGAUGCUGAACUUCGCAUUAUUGUGGACAGUGUCACAACGCAUUUUGAUGACAUUUUCAGGUUGAAAGGCACUGCGGCAAAAGCUGAUGUUUUCCAUAUCUUAUCAGGAAUGUGGAAAACACCAGCAGAGCGGUGUUUUCUGUGGAUUGGAGGCUUCCGUUCAUCUGAGCUUCUUAAGCUUCUUGCAAAUCAAUUGGAGCCUCUAACUGAGCAACAGUUUAUGGGUAUCCAAAAGUUGCAGCAGUCAUCCCAACAGGCUGAAGAUUCUUUGUCACAAGGGAUGGAAGCAUUGCAACAAUCUUUGGCUGAGACUUUGGCCAAUGGUUCACCUUCUGCCCCCUCUGGAUCAUCUGGGAAUGUGGCAAACUAUAUGGGUCAAAUGGCCAUGGCCAUGGGAAAGCUAGGAACUCUUGAAGGGUUCCUUCUUCAGGCUGAUAAUCUGCGUCAACAAACCCUGCAACAAAUGCAUCGAAUUUUGACAACUAGGCAGUCAGCUCGGGCUCUUCUUGCCAUAAAUGAUUAUUUUUCUCGGCUUCGAGCUCUCAGUUCUCUUUGGCUGGCUCGGCCCCGGGAGUGAGAAAUCUGGUCCUCUUCAAUCAAAUUGACUGUCAUUUAAUCAAAUUAUAUUAGUGUCCUUGGAGCAAUGCAAAGGCAAUGAUUGUAGGGUAGAAUGCUGCUGUUCUUCCACUUUCGAGUCGGACAUCCAUUCAGGAUACAGGUGAGGUCGCUUCUAUUGUGUGUAGAUUUUCUUUGUAUGGACAGAACAAAUGCGGGCAUGCUGAAAUGCUGAUUGCUUCUGUUGUAAAACUUUAGCCCCAUAAUUUGAUGGCUUUGAUUUUAGAAUUAAGAAAGGAAGAUAGGGAAAUGAUAUAACUAUGUAAACAUAGGAUACAGAUUUCAAUUUGUAGAUCAAAAAGCAGGAUGAAAAUAGUUGCUUUUUGGGUGUUUGAUCUUACAGUCUUUUGCUUUUGCUUGUAUAAAGGUUAAACCCUUCCAUUGUUGUAAUGUAAUUUAUCAUACUCCUAUCCCUUGCAUUAUAAUAAUCAUAGCUGUUUAUCUCA